AUGGGUUCGACUUAUUGGGCCAACCCAAUUCCUCCCGAGCUCAGCGACAAUGAUCGGGUCGACCCAGAUACUCUCUCCCACGAGCCAUCAACGUUCCCCAAAUGGCCACCCAGGCAAGACGACGGUCUAGAAUGGGCAGGCCUGAAAUUCCGUCCCCCUCGGUCGAGUGGCUUCUCCUCGACCAAGACACCACGCAACAACCAAUGCAAAUCGUGCGGCAAGAGAUACAACCUGACCUGUGUCCUGGCCCUCUUACCGAGCCAGGACGUGUGCGAAAAGCUGUGCGACCUCUUCUUCGCCUCCGUGUUCCCUCUGACUCCGCUACUGCAUGUUCGCGGGUUUGCUCAAGACUUUCGAGACUUCUGGGCCGGGGUCACGCCGGGACACCUGCACGAGAGCGAGCCCAGCCUGUUCCUGCGCAAGAAACCCGGUUACCUGUGUCUGUUGUCCGCGAUUCUGUUUGCAGCUCUCGCAUCCAGUUCCGACUCGCGGGUCCGGACCCUACUAGGAGAAACCGAGAUUCCACAGGCGAGCGACAUGUACUUCAUGGCCAUGGUAUCUGCCACGCUCUCCGGGUUCCCUCGCCGGCCGAGUAUGUAUUCACUCGCCGCGUACAUCUUUACCCAGAGUCAAUUUGCCAGGGAGGAAGAGUUUUCCGACGCCCCCGACUUCAUCUCCACCUCCUUUCGCAUCGCACUCGGCAUGGGCUUACACCGACACCUGCCAGAAGCCGGCUUCACAGUGGCCGAGAGGGAGACGCGACGAAGACUCUGGUGGUACAUUCUCCAUCUGGACGUCAUGUCGUCCGCCUCGUCGGGAUUGUCGCCGCUGUUCAUCGACGAGAAGAUGGCGAACGCUGACACCAUAUGCCAAUAUGACCAUGUGGAAGGCGACCCCGACGCCAAUCGACAGGUCGAUAUCCGAUAUCUAGUGGCUUCCCAGCGUUACCAAGUCACCAAGGAAAUACGAACGGUGCUCAUAGGCCAUUUCGAGGAUUCUUUCCAGUCCCUGCGACACGUGAGCGAGAUGGAACGCCGAUUGAGGACAGUUGCAGAAAACACGAGCGCCACCACCGAGAUGCUCCUCAGGUCCCGGCCCAGCUCGGUCUCAGGCUAUUCCAACGUUGCAAGCCCACGCAAUCCGAGCACCAUUCCCGGAGUAUUCGACCGGGUCUGGAAGCUGCAACCCGACGCUGGUGACCACGAAGUCAUCAACUUUACGACCUGGUCGGUGCCUCUGUUGCAUUUGAUGGUGCAUAAGGCCUAUUGCGUCCUGUAUCAUCCGCUCUUCAGAGACCCUGUCAUGAGCGCCCACGAGUCAAUCCGGUCCAAUGCCGUCAAACAUGCUCAAUCCUUCAUUCAACUCUUCCUUCGAGUCUGCAACGAUGCGACGUCUGAACCAUUCCACUGGAUGUACCCCGGAACAUACCAGCCCCUCCAAGCAGUCUCCUUACUACUUGCAGAUCUCCUGCAACAUCCGCACAGCGACGACGCAGCCUUGUCCCGUGGCCUGAUCGAUGCCAUCUUUGAGCUUUAUCAGGUGGACGAAGGGAUCGUGAGCCAGAACGACCCGCAUCAACGUCAGCUUUCCCCGGCCGGAAAGGACGCGUGGAACAUGCUAGUCCGGACUCGAAGAAAGGCUCUCGAGCAGAUCGGCGUCGAUCACCACGUCCUCUAUCCCUCGUCGGUGGUGUCAUUGCCGUUUUGCAUCUGUGGUGAGAGGAUCGCUCAGGACGACCCCGAGGAGCCAGGAUCUCGGCGACUCUGGACCAGGGUGUCGCCGCCCGCCCAUACUUACGAUACCAAUCUAGAGCCAGCGGGUUUGUCUCCCGGCAGCCUCGGCCAGAUCGAUUUCGACUGGAGCGCCUGGGACAAUGCCCUGGGACCGUCGGUCGGACCCAUGCCAUAG